AUGUCGGACGCGCCGGCGAGCCCGCCGGGCGGCGGCUUCGGCGGCGUUAGGGAGCGGGACAGGUUCCUGCCCAUCGCCAACAUCAGCAGCAUCAUGAAGAUGGCCAUCCUGGCCAACGGCAAGAUCACCAAGGACGACAAGGAGACCGUGCGGGAGUGCAUCUCGAAGUUCAUUGCUUCAUCGCCAGCGAGUGAGGCGAGCGACAAGUGCCAGAGGGAGAAGUGCAAGACCAUCAACAUCGACGACCUGCUCUGGGCGAUGGCCACGCUAGGCUUUCAGGAGUACAUUGAGCCCCUCAAGGUUUAUCUACAGAAUUACAGAGCCUGA